GUUUAGAUAACUGACUGUUUUAUUGGCUGACAUACAUGUGGACCCGCCUCUUUCCGGAGUCCACAUUUUGUUGCCUUCCCAUUGGUCGAUUGGGUCAGAGUGCAAAGAACAACAAACAAAACGGGGUGAAGACCGUCGGGAUGGAUGCAGCUACCCUGACUUAUGACACACUUCGAUUUGGAGAGUUUGAAGAGUUUCCUGAGACAUCAGACCCUGUGUGGAUCUUAGGAAAAGAGUACAGUGCACUCACAGAGAGAGAUGAAAUUCUAUGUGACAUUACAUCACGACUGUGGUUUACAUACAGAAAAAACUUUCCACCAAUUGGAGGGACUGGACCAACAUCCGAUACCGGAUGGGGAUGUAUGCUGCGAUGUGGGCAGAUGAUCCUUGGCGAGGCCUUGAUGUGUCGACAUUUGGGAAGAGACUGGAGAUGGACCAAAGGCCAAAAACAAAGAGAGGAUUACCUUAGUAUUCUCAACGCCUUCAUUGACAAGAAAGACUGCUACUAUUCCAUCCAUCAAAUUGCUCAAAUGGGCGUUGGGGAAGGAAAGCCUAUAGGUCAGUGGUAUGGACCGAACACAGUGGCCCAGGUUCUAAAAAAACUGGUUGUGUUUGAUACGUGGAGCAGACUGGUUGUCCAUGUGGCGAUGGACAACACGGUGGUCAUUGAGGAGAUAAAACGCCUCUGUAUGCCGUGGCUGGACACGUGCGGCGAGGCUGGGGCUGCUGGAGAGAUAAACGGCUGCCUGGAGGGAGCUUGUGCUUUGGCUGAGGAGGAGACAGCUCUCUGGAAACCCCUUGUCUUGCUGAUCCCCCUCAGGCUGGGCCUGAGCGACAUCAACGAGGCGUACAUCGAAACCUUAAAGCAAUGCUUCAUGCUGCCUCAGUCUCUGGGCGUUAUUGGGGGCAAACCUAACAGUGCCCAUUACUUCAUUGGUUAUGUAGGAGAAGAACUAAUCUAUCUAGACCCGCACACCACUCAACCUGCUGUGGACUCUUGUGAGGACGGUCAGGUCCCAGAUGAGUCCUACCAUUGCCAGCAUCCGCCCUGCCGCAUGCACAUCUGUGAACUGGAUCCGUCCAUCGCAGCCGGUUUCUUCUGCAGAACAGAGGACGAGUUUGAUGACUGGUGUAUGCGCAUUAGAAGGUUGUCCUGCAAAAAAGGAGGCCUGCCCAUGUUUGAGCUGGUGGACAGUCAGCCCUCACAUAUGGUCAGCAUGGACGCGCUCAACCUUACUCCUGACUUCUCUGAUUCCGAUCGACUAGAGAGGUUCUUUGACUCGGAGGAUGAAGAGUUCGAGAUACUAUCCUUGUGAGGAAUUGAUGAACAAUAAGUGACUGUUCUUGACGCGAGGAGGAAGAUUUUUUCUCUGCUGCCAGAAGGGACGAGCAUCACUGGACACAUGCCGCGCCUCACGCAGCGUUUCCGCAUUAACUCCAUGUGCUCCGACUCUGGUGGAAGCCGGAGCUCAGGACACAGAUGUGUUGACACAUCCCCACCUUUGACUUUCCAUUCUGGUCUUAACAUGAUUAAUCUGAAGUGAUACGGUGCCUUUCCCUAACUUGUAAAAUUGUCACUGCGCUCGCUCCAAGAUCCUUCAAGUUCAUGGCUCCCAUGGUGACUGUUGGGAGAGAAACCAAAUUCUAUCAUUUGCAAUGAAGACAUUUCUCUGACACAUAUUGUAUUUAUUUACUCGCCACAUAUGUAGACUAAGAGCUAUUGAAGUGUAAGAGGAUUCUGAAAUAAAGUCAAGCCCUGAUAUUUUGCAGUGGAUCACCUCUGUUAGUGAUAAAAGUCGAUACGUUGGGUGCUACAGUACUCACAGCACGACUGUUAAGAACGGUACUCCUCUCACUCACACAUCUCCAGUUCAUGUGUAAUACACAUACCUGUACUUCUUCAAAGCUUUGCCUGCACACUGAAACUCUAGUCAUUCCUGCCUUCAAUCAGUGUCCAGUAAUUCACAAUGAUGGUAGUCAUUCACCUACCCCCUGUAUUAGCAUCAGCAGUUUUU